AUGGGCAUAAUCCGGCGACAUAAUACGAUGGAUGUGACUUACAAUGAAUGUGCGAGAUAUGCAACAAUUGCCAAAGGAAUUUCAAGCUUGAAAAAGGGAGGUACCAAUCAUCGACGGCACCAUUCUGAGCCUGUUUAUCGCUCCGGUACUUUGUCACAAUAUUUUUCGAGUUCAGAGGAAGCAUUGGAAUUGUGCUUGAAUGAUGAUGCAGUGGAUGACGGCCAAAUUGGUGGAAGUUGGGAUGAUGCAAAGCGUUUUCUCAUUGAAUCACGAAAACAAGAUCUAGAGAUUUCGAGGGAUAUGGAACGCGAAAACAUGCAUUUAUAUUUGAGUGAGAUGCUUAUUGCUGCCAUGGAACAGAUGCAGUGGCGUGCAAUUGUUGAAUCCCAACAGAAUUUUAUUGCGCGAGCCAAAAAUACGAGUUCCUGUCCUACAUUGGCGGUAUCUUCUUCAGAGUCGGUUUAUGACGGUUCUUCUGAACAAAUAGAAGAAAAAACAUUGCUGGUUCGUCCGUGUUCUGUGCUUCUGCUGAAGAUUUACGAUUUAGCGAGGAUAAAAAAAGAACAAUGGAAUGUUUCUUCCAAGACAGUUUCGUCCAGCAGAAAUAAUGAAGCUGACGAUGACAAUAUUUGUGAAAAUUCGGCUGAAGCAGUUGCAUCCUCACUAUUCAAGCAAUUUUCGAUGGCUUACAAACCGCGCUCAGCUGCUGACAUACAGUGGCUUGUUUCUUAUGCACAAGCACCUCAAAAACUCCUUCCAAUGCCAGAUAGUAUAGCGGUGUUUUUCGAUGAAGUCGGUAGCGAUGGUCGGCCAAUUUUCUUUCGUGGUUCAGAGAAUUGGGCGCCUCCGAGAAAGCAGUGGAUUUUUCGGCUUCAUCCAGAAUUUCAAAGUGUGAGAAAGCUUCUUGAACAGCAACAAUAUCGUUGUGGUGGAUGUGGUAUUAAAGUUGCUAAAGUGUAUUGUCGUCGAAUGCGUUAUUGCGAUUACUAUGGCCGAGUAUUUUGUCAGCGGUGCCAUCAAGGUGCAAGAAGUCGUAUACCAGCACGCAUUGUAUAUCAAUGGAAUUUUAAAGAAUAUCCUGUUUCCGAUGUAGCACAUCGUUUCUUAUUAGAUAACCGUCGACAACCGGUGAUCAACGCAUCAGCGAUUGAUUCUCGUUUUUACAACAGAGUCCGUCGGUUAAAAAAAAUUAGGGAAGUACGAAUAAAACUUGUACAUAUUUGGUCUUACAUACGGCUUUGUAAUAUUGCUAAAGAAACGAUUACAAAAUAUGGGAAUUUAUAUGGUACAUUUUCGACAGUACCAAACUAUAUGUUGUCAGAUGCAGAUGUUUACUCGGUAGAAGAUCUAGAAAAUGUACGAAAAGGAGAACUUUUUCGAAUCAUCGCUCCUCUUGUGCAAUACGGACAAUAUCACAUUGAAGGAUGCCAGCAUUGCCGUGCUCAAGCAUUCGUUUGUGAACUAUGUGAUCGAAAGGAUGAUUUGUUAUUUCCAUUUCAAGUUGAAUAUGUGAAUCGAUGCGAGGAAUGCGGUUCAUUAAGUCAUAAGAAGUGUGCUGCUAGAAGACAGAAAGACGAAAAACCAUGUCCUAAGUGUUUGCGAAUUGAGCAAAACCUUGAAAGACAUCGGUGUUAUUCGGAAUGGUCUUUAGUACCAACUGAACAGCAAGAUUCAACGACGCCAUCGUUGGAUGAUUAGUGCAAAUGCUAUGAUCUAACGAAAAUUACUUAUACUGAG